AACCUGCAUGGUGAAAUAAUAUCUCUUUAUCAACAGCAUCAGCUCUCCAAGCUUCCCAGCUGCCCCCGGACACAAGCCAUGUAGCACCAUUUUGAAUACACGACAUUUAGCAGACCAGUCCAUUGUACACUCUGACUUUUAAUCGAACUCUUAUCUGUUUGUACGCGAUAUACAACGCGCUUCCGAGCUUUGUCGUGAAACAAAGUUAUGGCAUCGUCAUCGUCGCCAUCAACACAGCCUCUGGCGCCGCCUUCGCCCGAGGCCCCACCGGCCCUCGACGACGAAGACGACGCAGCCGCCGACCUUCCCAUGACGAUGGCCGCCUCAGUCGUGCUCGAGCAUCUCCCCAAAGACGCCCAUCAGGCGCUCGAAACUGCGGGCGCAUUGGAACAAGAAAAAGUUACCAUCCGCCUUUCGCCACUACCAAAUACGCCACAGCUGCGCCAACCGCGAUUCAAGUGCGCGAGCCAUCAACGGUUCGAGUAUAUCGUGCGAUUCCUGCGAAAGAAGUUGGCGCUCAAGGAUCACGAGGCGGUAUUUUGCUAUGUCAAUUCGGUAUUCGCUCCUGGUCUUGACGAGGGAGUGGGUAAUUUAUGGCGGUGUUUCAAGACUGGCGAUGACCUCGUGGUCUCUUACAGCAUCACACCGGCGUUUGGAUAG